AUGCCAGGUGGAAUAUCCGUCCGCGAUGUCAAUGCGCAAAAGUUUAUUGACUCCUACUCUGCAUUUUUGAAGAGGCAAGGUAAACUUGCAAUUCCCGGAUGGGUUGACACAGUCAAAACUGGUCCUGCUAAAGAACUCCCACCUCAAUCCAUUGAUUGGUUUUAUAUCCGAGCUGCAUCGAUUGCUCGUCAUGUAUACAUGCGAAAGACUGUUGGAGUUGGUCGCCUGAGAAAAGUACACGGCUCGACCCGCAAUCGUGGAUCUCGACCAUCACACCAUGUCGACGCAAGUGGAAGUGUCGACCGAAAAGUUAUGCAAGCUUUAGAGAAAAUUGGUGUCUUGGAACAAGAUGAAGAAAAGGGAGGUCGUCGCAUAACACAAAGUGGACAGCGUGAUUUAGACCGGAUAGCUCAAACUUGUGUCGAGGAAGAUAAUGAUGAUGACGAAUAG